CCCGCAGCCCCCGACCGAGCCCCCUCCGCCCCCCGAUGAUGCCGGGGCCGCGGGCGGUGGAGGAGCAGCAGCAGCAGCAGCAGCAGCAGCAGCAGCGCCUGGAGGUGUGGCGGCCGCCGCCGCCCCAGUGACGGCCCCGCCAUGUCGGUGAUGGUGGCGAGGAAGAAGGUGGUUCGGAAAUGGGAGAAGCUGCCGGGCAGGAACACCUUCUGCUGCGAUGGCCGCAUCAUGAUGGCCCGGCAGAAGGGCAUCUUCUACCUGACGCUCUUCCUCAUCCUCGGCACCUGCGCCCUCUUCUUCGCCUUCGAGUGUCGGUACCUGGCGGUCCAGCUCUCCCCGGCCAUCCCCGUCUUCGCAGCAGUUCUCUUCCUCUUCGCCAUGGCCACGCUCCUGCGGACCAGCUUCAGCGAUCCCGGGGUGAUCCCCAGAGCCCUGCCUGACGAGGCAGCCUUCAUCGAGAUGGAGAUCGAGGCCACCAACGGGACCGUGCCGCAGGGUCAGCGCCCGCCCCCGCGGAUUAAAAACUUCCAGAUCAACAACCAGAUAGUGAAGCUGAAGUAUUGCUACACGUGUAAGAUCUUCCGUCCGCCCCGUGCCUCUCACUGCAGCAUCUGCGACAACUGUGUGGAGCGCUUCGACCAUCACUGUCCCUGGGUGGGCAACUGCGUGGGGAAGAGGAACUACCGCUAUUUCUACCUCUUCAUCCUCUCGCUCUCACUCCUCACCAUCUACAUCUUCACCUUCAACAUAGUCUACGUAGCACUGAAAUCUCUGAAGAUUGGGUUUCUGAACACGUUGAAGGAAACCCCGGGGACUGUACUGGAGGUGCUCAUCUGCUUCUUCACCCUGUGGUCGGUGGUGGGGUUAACUGGGUUCCACACCUUCCUGGUGGCACUGAAUCAGACAACCAACGAAGACAUUAAGGGGUCCUGGACUGGGAAGAACCGCGUGCAGAACCCCUACAGCCAUGGCAACAUAGUGAAGAACUGCUGUGAGGUGCUCUGUGGGCCUCUCCCCCCCAGUGUCUUGGACAGACGGGGCAUCUUGCAGCAGGAGGAGAGCACAGCUCAGGAGGAGUCGUGCCCGCGGGGGCCCAGCUCUCAAGAGCCCCCCGUUGCUCAGGGCCCCCCCGGUGGGCAGGCAGAGGAGGGCAGCGCUCAGCGGAAGGAUGGCAGCGUCCCUCACCCGAGUGCCGUCCCUGCACCACCCCUGAGCGACGCUGACGUGCCAGAGGAGAAGCAGCUAACGUCUGGGGAGCUCCCGGUCCCAUCCCAGGACACUGGGCAAGCAGAACACUAGCAUCUGCUUGAAAGGGAGAACUUUCUUGUUUUGUCUAAUCAAAGCUGGAAGUGACGGAGGAGAGGAGGAGAUGGGCUGGAUGGCAGGCAAACGAUUCCUCAUGGCCA